AUGGGAGAGACUUUGCAAGAACGACAAACGAACGAAUUAGAAGCGUUAAAAUCAAUUUUCAAUGAUCAAUUAACGGACAACAAUGAAUGUAUAGCUACGGAUAUUUGGAAACCAUUAGAUGUUACUAUUACUGUUUUACCUGAAGGAUUCACAAACUUACAACAAAACAACAUUCUAGUUGAACUGCAUGUCAAGGCAUUAGACAAUUAUCCUAAUGAAAUACCAUUGAUAGAACUUAAAAAUGCUAAAGGUAUACCGGCAAACUAUCUUAUUUAUUUAGAAAAACAAUUAAAUGAAUUAGCUUCUAAAAUAAUUGGCGAAGUAAUGAUAUUUGAACUCGUCCAACAAGUUCAGAAUUUUCUUUCUCUAUACAAUAAACCUCAGUAUGCUUCAUUCUAUGAAGAAAUGAUGUCAAGGAAACAACAAAAAGAGUUUGAAGAAAGAGAAACUAAAAAGCAAGAAGUUGAAUUAACUAAACAAUUGAUUCACAAUGAAAUGUCAAAAAAGAGAGAAGCUCUCAAAGAAGAACUACGAAUGCAUAAAAAUAAAACAAGACAUAACACUAUUGAAACUAUAGAUGACGAAGAUGAAGAAGAUGAGUUAAAUUUGAAAGAACUCUCAUGUUCAUUACACACCAAUUCACCAUUGAAAUUAAAUAUUCAGCAAAAAGAUCAAAUAGAUGAUAGCAAUUGGAAUGAUAACCAUAUUUUUGAAUAUAAUUUUACUUCAUCCAAAUCUCGGCUUGAUAAGGAAUUUGUUAUUUUGGAUUGGCUUGGUAAAGGAGCGUUUGGAGAUGUUCUUAAGGUAAAAAAUAAACUAGAUGACUGUCUAUAUGCUAUAAAAUGUAUUGAAUUAAAUGAGAAGAAUAAAAACCUCAAUAAAAAAAUCACUAGAGAAGUUAAACUUUUAUCACGUCUGAACCAUGAAAACGUUGUCAGAUAUUUCAAUUCUUGGAUAGAAGCAGCUAAAGUCAGUCAAGAAGGUACACCUCAAAAAAAUAAAAAAAAUAAAACUGCUGAAAUUUGGCCUUUAAAAGACAUUAGCUGUGGUUGGAGAUUAUCAAAUUUAAUUGAAGAAAAUAAUAGCGAGAGUAGUUCAGAUGAAGAUGACGAUUGGAUAGCAUUUAUUCCGUCUGAUUCUGGAAAAGUUAAUUUGAAUUCCACUGAAAGUACAAUUUAUGAUAGCUCAAGUCAAGGAAUUAAUAAUGAAAAUGAAGAUUCAAUAGAUAAGGUUGAUCAGUUUAUGUAUAUUCAAAUGGAGUUCUGUGAAAAAAGUACUCUUCGUAAUGCAGUUGACAAUGGUCUAUAUAAAGAGCCUAAAAGAGUAUGGCGUCUAUUAAGAGAAAUUGUUGAGGGGCUUUCAUACAUUCAUCAACAAGGAAUAAUUCAUAGGGACUUAAAACCUGUUAAUAUAUUCAUUGACUCUGACGAUCAUGUUAAAAUUGGAGAUUUUGGUUUAGCUACAACUAUAAUUCAAAGACAUAUCCCCGAAGUGGAUUCAACAAAUAUUCAAGAUAUUUUUGUUGAUACAUCUCAAACUGGCAAUAUUGGUACAGCUUUGUAUGUUGCGCCUGAACUUAAUAUUUUAGGUCCUAAAGCUGUAUACAAUGAAAAAGUUGAUAUUUAUAGUUUGGGUAUAAUUUUUUUUGAAAUGUGUCACAAACAAUUUUCAACAGACAUGGAAAGGAUAAAAGUAUUGACUGAUUUGAGAAUGAAUGAAUGUAUUUUACCUACAGAAUUUUUAAAAAUUGGAGAUCCUGCUCAAAAACAUAUUAUUAAGUGGUUAUUAAAUCAUGAUCCGUGCAAACGACCAAAUUCAACAGACAUAUUACAAAGCCAAUAUAUACCACCUCCUAAAUUGAAAGAUACAGAAUUACAUGAAAUGGUCAGAAAUACUCUUUCCAAUUCAAAAAGUAAAAACUAUAAACACCUUAUUGCUUCGUGUUUUAAUCAAAAAGUGACUACUGUGGAAGAUAUAACAUUUACUAUGACAGCUGGAAAAAAUGUACUUCAUCAUGGCCGAUUAGAUAAAAUUAUUGACAUAGUAAAAGAAAUAUUUCAGCUUCAUGGAGGUGUUUGGUUGUGCACUCCAUUGUUAAUGCCAGCAUUGAAUUCCAUGAUCAAUGAAAAUACUGUAACUAUGAUGGCAAGGUGGGGUGGAUUAACAUGUAUACCUUACAGUCUUAGAAUUCCCUUUGCCAGAUUCUUAGCACACAAUCCUACAAUUUCUAAUUUGAAACGAUACUCAAUUGACAGAGUUUACCGUCAAAGAAGGGUUUAUGGAGUUCAUCCUCGUGAACUCUAUGAGGCCGCCUUUGAUAUUAUAAGUACAUCACAAGGUGAUCUAAUAGCUGAAGCUGAAUUAUUAUCAAUUGCAGCAGAAAUAUUUAAUAAACUAAAAGAUUUUAAUCCUAAUAACUGUGUAAUUCGUCUAAAUCAUAUGUCAUUGGUUCAAGGAAUAUUGAUGUAUUCUGGAAUAGAAAGGGCUCGGCAUUUAGAAAUUUGUAGCUAUUUUUCAAGAUUCAAACAAAAUAGUUUAGCCCCAGAACAAAUUGAAGAGUUAGAACUUUUAGGAUUUGCUAAUCAUCAAAUCAAUAUAGCAAUGAACUUUUUUUCAAUGGAACACACGCUGGCUGACAUGAUUGAAGUAUGUCGUAAGAUAACAGUACGCAAAUCAAAAUGUGGAAUUUUUUCACGAGAAGCACUGCAUCAUUUAGAAACUGUCAUUAAACAUAUUGAAUCAUUAAAUAUCAAAUAUUCAGUUGUUAUUGUCCCUGGAUUGAUGAACAUUAUGCAAUUUUAUUCAGGAUUAAUAUUUGAAAUUGUCUAUUAUAAUAAAAGUAAGAAGAAUAUUACAGAAUAUGAUGUACUAGCAGCUGGUGGUUGCUAUGAUAAGCUAAUAUCUUCAUUUAGGAGGAAUUUAGAUAUAUCAAACGAUAUAAAACAAACAGCGAUAGGUAUAAGUUUUUCAUUGGAUAAACUGGCAGCAUUGUUUCAAACAGAAUCAUCAGGAAUAGAUGUAAUAUUAUGUUCAUCAAAUAGCAGUAAAACUAUGACUGAAGAAAAAUUAAAUAUUGCCAAGGACUUAUGGUCAAUAGGAAUUAAAACACUUGUUUUUGAUGUAGUACAGACAUUGGAACAAAUUCAAGAUUAUUGCACUGAUUUGUAUGUGAAAAAUAUUGUCAUGUUAAAAGAAUCCAAGUCAGUAAUAUUAAGACGGUUGAUGGAAGACAAAUUUCAGGAUAAAACUAUGACUGUAACUGAAUUUAUAGAAUCUAUGCGGCGUAAAAAUAGACAAAAUAGUUUAACUACAGUCAUACCUCAAACUAAUAAUAUUGUCAAAAAUGAAUCACGAUCUAUUAAUGAAAACCAAUUUAUAAAUAUAAUUUUUUUGACUGAAGAAAAAUUGGUCACAUCUGUCAAACGUCGUUAUGAGAGUCAGAUUUCAAAUGCUGUUUCAAAAACUUUACAAAAAUUGUCUCCAAAAAUGCGUGUUGAAAUACUCGUACUUAAUAUUGAUGCAGAACUAGUAAAAGCAUUAGGCUCUUUGAUGGAUUUGGAAACUUUAGAAAGUGAUAUUUCUGUUUUAAUUAAAAGAUUUUCACAUCAUAAAAAAGAUUUGAAUAAAGUAUUUAAUUAUAUAGUUAACACAAAACACAAAAGUACUGAUACUAUUUUUAUAUUUUAUACAUUAAGAGGAAACAUAUUUAAGUUACUGAUCUGUUAAUUAUUUACUAAA